AUGAAGCCGCACAAGAAAAGCAUCCGCGACUUCUUCUCCCCUGCCCCGCCGCAACCAAAUACACACGCCCCCGCACCACCAUCGCAGAGAGCCCCAGUCCCACACACCACCACCAGGCGCGUUACCGACAAUGGCACAGAGGUCGUGCUCAAUUCAGACUCUGACGACGACUCGCUGCCCGAUCUCGACUUUGGCAUCACCGCCCCAAAGCCCAGCCCCCCAAAGACAGCCACAAUCACCACCCGGUACAAGCGCACCUCCGACAACGACAACGACGGGCUACGCAUACCCACCAAGAAGGCCAGGGACGAUAAGAGAAAGUUCGACGCCCUAGUGCAGACGGCCCAGAAGAACCUCGAGACGGAGCGCAAGAUUCAGGAGCACAAAGCCGUGCUCAACAAGGCGGUCCAAGAGCCAGUGACCACGCGAAUCACCAUCAACGAGGAAACACUCGGCCAGGCCGUGCAAGAUGACGACGAUGACCCCCACAAAGCCCAUCGGCUCCUCCAAGCCAUGCAGAGAACAAACGCUACGCAAAUGGAAUCCGUCUUUUACUUUUUUGAACAUGACGUAGACACAGUCCCCGUGCAGAAAAAGUUCCCCGUCAAUCUCCUUCCCCAGCGUCGGUGGGCUUCAACCUUUCAGCGGCCCGACACCAGAGAUCAGGCAUUCAUGGCCGGCCUUGCACAACACAUUUUCCGUGUCCAAAAUCUUCCCAAAGAGCUGGCCUCCUGGAUGAUUGAUCAAAUUUGUUACAACCAGAAUGAGGCGCUUAAUUGCAAGUACCUUGAAAUCCUCGAGGCUCACCAUGACCGUCUCCAUGGCCUGCUCGACUCAAAAAGACUCGACGCCAUAUUCAAAACCAUAGGCACCAAUAUCACGCAGCUCGAGGCCAACACUCAGCUACUUCCGCUAUCCGUCCCACAAUCUGAAAUCAAAACAUUCGUCCCGCCAUUUUUGAAGCAAAUCACUAGACUCCUUACACGAGCCGCACCAUGGUUACAAACAGCCACGCGCAGUCACGCAUUAUAUCUACUAUGUCACGUAUGCUUGGAUACCCGUGUCACCGCAGACUUUGACAUACUGCAUGCUGUACAAGACGCCAUGGAAGUCAUCAUCUGCAACUUCGCCGACAACAACAAGCUGAUAUCAGGCCUCAACACAAUGAUACCCCAGCUACUGACCAAAAUCACCCAUCCCGUGUUACAGAGAAACCUGACCUGCGCCUUGCCAGCAAAGUGUCCAUUGACCGCAUACCUGCAGCGCCAUCUGGCUCUUUCGUUCCUGCUUCACCCCACACCAGUCAGCACGUCUCUUGUGGAUGGCAAGGCACAUGACCUUGUACUUGACCACAUUGCAAAAUCACCCGACUUCUUCAUAAACAAGAAUACUGACUAUGGCCACCUCGCCGCCCGGCUAGCCCUUCUCGACGUCGCCAUUGGACCAGGCCUGUUGGCUGUCCCGUACCAGCCGUUGUCAAGUUCAGCACCAUCCGAAGCAGGCUCUUCCCCAGUUCAAGCUCCAGUGCCGGCUUCGUCAGAGGUUAGGCAGUUUAACGAGCAGAUCGAUGCACUUGCGCAACAAAUCAAGCUCCUAGGUAAUUCUAUUGUCGAAGCUGGCGCGGUAGUGGACAUUGCCAUUCUAGAAACCAAAAACUCUGUAGAGCAAAUGUGCUCACGAUUGGAGCAUUCGUCGCGAAUAGGCGGCAAGAAGAUUCACGACGUUUUUGGGAGCGACGAGGAAGACAGCCAGCUCCGGCUCAGCAAGUUUUUCAAAAAGACACACAAGCCAUCGCGGGGUAUCUUCAAGCAGAGUGAGGACUCUGAUCUUGACCUGGUCGAUGCCACGCAGACUUGA